GGGUCUGCGCCCGGUGGGGCCAUGGAGUCACAGCAGCAGCAGCAGGUGCAGCAGCAACAGCAGCAGCUGAGAAACCUUCGGGACUUCUUGUUGGUGUACAACCGGAUGACAGAACUCUGUUUCCAACGCUGUGUGCCCAGCUUGCACCAUCGAGCCCUGGAUGCAGAAGAGGAGGCUUGCCUGGACAGCUGUGCAGGAAAGCUAGUCCACUCCAAUCAUCGCCUAAUGGCUGCCUAUGUACAGCUGAUGCCUGCCCUGGUACAGCGGCGCAUGGCAGACUAUGAGGCCACUGCGGCACUGGCAGAGACAACUGGAUCUCCAUCAAGUCCCAGGGCUGGCCAGCAUGGUGCUCCAAGCCCAGGAAGCUAAGGGAUUCCUGUUCACCUACCACCUUGGGAUGGAAAGCUCAAAUAUAGGGCUUUCUGAUAUCUGGAAAGUGUAUAGUGUGACUUGGGCUACCUAGGGGGCAUUCUGGAGCUAUCCUGUGUCAGUCCUACCUCUGCUGUUUGCUACCAAAUGCCCUUAUGUCAUCACACCAGGUGCCCACUAUCUCCCACAAGGGUUGGCCAGGCAGAGGGAGAGUGGGCCAGGGAUACCCUUCAAAUUCCAAAGGAAAUAGUACAAGUGGCUAGAACCAGAUGUAACUGAACAGAAAGAGAAGACUGCCUGAAUCCUCAGAAGGGUUAGAAGGCAAGAGAGGAAAUUAUUAGUUCAUGGCAACCUUUCUGACCCCCUGUCACUGAAACCCAGGGAUGGCAUUUCCAUGAGUCUGGAAACAUUCCUAACUCUAUACCUUUCCCCUUAUCUGACCCUGCCUGUCAGCAGUAAAGUCCUUAUAAGUUUCCAUG